ACAUGGAAGAAGAAAAAAACUGACACCAGAUCAGUGUACUCUUUGCGGCCCGUUCCAUACCACACCAAUCUGGACAUACACGAUAGAGAGGAAAUCGUGUUCCUCGCCAGUCCGUACACGCCACUAGAAUUCACUGAACAUACUGCGAGAAAAAGGAGGGUGAUAAAAAAAGGCCAGGAUAAAGAGAAGGUGAAAGCAAAGAAGGGCUUAAAAAUAUAUUUGGUUGGGAGCGGAGGACGCAUUGACUUCGCAAGGAGAAGAUUAGCGAUUCAAAUCAUUUCCUAAAAUUUUCUAUAUUCGGCGGAUAAAAAAGUAUUGUUAGCUAGCUAGCUACUCUUACGAGGUAGCGGAAUGUGUAGCUAGCUAAUUAGCAAGGAAUUAGUGUUUUGUAUUUACUUGGUUUACGUGUUCUAUUGUGACUAUUUUUCUAACGCUAGUAAUCGUGUGAAAUGUGCACGAGCCACACAUGGUCAUGGUGUUCUGUGUUGAUUAGACAAUAACAAUCUAGCCAGCGGUACAAUACAUUUGGCCAAGAAGACCAGCUACAAUCAGCUAUUUGCACAUUCAAGGAAUAGCGUUCCUUGUCCCAGAAUAGGGAAUAAGUCAAAGGUAGCGUAGACUAGCUGCCGUCCAAUGUUAAUGUCGACCGACGUCGCAUCCAUAAUGUUACCCGUUACUCGGGGAAUGAUGGACAGAGAAAAGGACAUUGAUACAGAAACCGGACCCCACGCGAACACGACCGGGGGUCCAGCAGCAAUAGUCCGGGGAAUGAAACGAGGGGAUCCUGAGCAAACAGCUGCAGCGUUGACCGAAUUAGCAGGAGCAGAGUGCAAACGGCCAAGGAUAGACGGGACGGUGGGUGUUGGUGACAUUGGACAGAACAACGACCCUUUAACCCCAGGUUUCCUUGGAUACCCACCUAACAGCCAGGGUUCUCAAGAUUCAACAGGGGGCCAGGAGGGGCUGGUGCCCCCGCCCUUCUCAGUGUUCCCUCCACCACCCCCUCCGCAGAAUGGCCUGGGGACAGAGUUUGGUGGUGCUUUGUUUGGUGCUGGUGGGCAGGGGCCUUCGGAUUCAGGGGCUGGAACAAAUGGCUCAGCCACCACUUCUAACAUCUUACCCACCCCGCAGACAGAAGUGUCCCCAGGUCAGGUAGAUGGAGUGGGGCAGUGCGUGGCAGUAGAAUUAGCAGGAGUAUCCGGGGCUGACUCCGCAGAGGCCAAAGGAACCCCAAAACGACUUCAUGUCUCCAACAUCCCCUUCCGCUUCCGAGACCCUGACCUCAGGCAGAUGUUUGGGCAAUUUGGGAAGAUUAUUGAUGUUGAGAUAAUUUUCAAUGAGAGGGGCUCAAAGGGCUUUGGCUUUGUCACGUUUGAGACCAGCGCCGACGCGGAGAAAGCCCGGGAAAGGCUUCACGGCACGCUAGUGGAAGGUCGCAAGAUAGAGGUUAACAAUGCCACGGCCAGGGUGAUGACCAAUAAGAAGAUGGUCAGCCCCUACCCCAACGGAGAGGCCCUUAGCACCCUGCCAUAUGCAGGAUGGAAGCUAAGCCCAAUGGUACAGGCCAUGUACGGACCAGAGCUCUAUGCAGUUCCGGGGUUCCCCUACCCGUCUGCGGCAGCGGCAGCCUCCACGGCAGCUGCGUUCCGUGGUGCCCACCUUAGGGGCCGGGGAAGGCCAGUGUACGGUGCUGUGCGUGCGGCGGUGCCGCAGCCUGCCCUCCCUGCCUACCCUGGCGUGGUGUAUCAGGAUGGUGGGUUUUAUGGAGCUGCAGACUUAUACGGAGGCUAUCCUGCCGCUGCCUAUCGCUUUGCUCAGCCUACUGCUGUAACCGGGGCAACUGCUGCCGCGGCAGCCGCUGCUUACAGUGACAGUUAUGGGCGAGUGUACACUACAGAUCCCUACCACGCUCUAGGUCCUGCUGCAGCUGCCUAUGGAGUCGGUGCCAUGGUAAGAGCCCCCCAGCCGCAACACUACAACAACAGGCUGGAAACUGAGUUAUCUUCACUUUAUGCUAGUUUAUAUCGGGCUGGAUACAGUAGGUUUGCGCCGUACUAAACAGCACUCGCACCAUGGAAUUCCACAUUUCUGAACCUCUUCAUUUGGGAAGAGCUCCCCUCCAUUUUCUACGGGUGGUAGUAUUAACCCAUGUGUUUUGGAAAAAGGUCAUCCACUCAAGAUAAACUCAACUGUAACUCGGCUUGCUUCAAUGGUCACACUCAGUGACAUAGUAAUGGAUGAAUGAAAACUGCCUGUGAAUUUCAAGACUGGCAACAAUAACUGAAGACAACUGUGGGAAGAACAAGAAUGGUUCCAUAAAAAACACUAUUGGACAUGAAUGGAUAAAUUGCUGCCCACCAGUAACUUUUUACACUACAUCACUACAAACCUUUGCUCCUAAUAAAUAGUCUGUGGUAAUAAUACUCAAAUGUAAAAUGCACACAUAUGUACACAGCUCAAUGUGUUAAUACGACCUAAAAGUAGGCCAUCACUAGCCUAAAAUCUUAGGUCCUUUAUACGAAACACUACAUUGACAAAAAACCUGCCCAGUGGAGGAAUCCCAUCAGUUAAACAAUGAACACAUCCAAGUUGUUUUUUUAAAGAACCUGUUCAACAAAAAGGUGAAUGACACGAAGAAACGCAAAAAAAGUCAAUAAUCUGAACUACAAAAGCUGAGCGACAACGCAGUUAAACCUAGGUAACAGCUGUUGCCCUGAAAAUGAUUAGAGAAAUCCAAACAGUCUACCAUUACAUUACAUUACACCACCAACCCAACUGUACAAGACAAAAAAAGAUAAACGGUGUGAAAUGACAAGGAAAAAGAAACAAAAUGACUUGUUUUUGUUCUGCAUUACCUCAGUUUUUCUUUUCUAUAAUUGUCUAUGAAAAAGCAUUGCUUAAAAUGAUUAUUGUUAUAUAAUGUGGAUGCAAUGAAAUUACAUCCACUAUCAUCAUCAUUUUCCAGUUGAUUAAUACUGCUAUUGCUGGUCUAAGUAUUAAGAUUAUGAUUCUUACUGUAGUUGAAACUAUAAUGACACCUCUUUUGAUCUGUAUCAUGUAUCCUUACUAUCAUAUACCUACAUUGUCUUCAUUUUUCCUUUUGAAAAUAUUGUGCAACCCAACUCCUAAUACAUGUUCUCUUUACUAGACUAUAUGACAUUCCAGGUGUAGCAUCAGAAUGGUGACUGAACGGGGUAAAACAUUGAAAGUGUCUGGGCAUAGCUAACAUGCUGUAGAAACCAGUCAUGCACAGAUAAGAAUGGAAUUCUUAGGGGUUUGAGAGAACAAACCAGAUGGUAGGAAACAUGAGUGUUACAAACACUACAAGUUGAUGUUACUUUUGGUUUCACCAUUUUUAAUAUAUUUUUUUGUCAAAUUGACACAAAUACAGACACGCGGGAAAUGAAACAACAUAAUGUUCACCCAAUGCAAUCUUCCUCCUCCUAAGUCUUUGGGAAUGUUCUAGUCCAGUAUGUAUUAAAGUCACUGCCUCAAUGCUACUUUAAGGUACAGAAAGUGGCCAACAAAAAUAUAUAAAUAGUCUUUGACCUAUUAUGUAUCUCCAUAUACUCUGAAUAUGUUAUUGCUAUCGUUUGUCUUUUUGGUUCCAAAGAUUCUCUAAAAGCACAUUUGUUGGUCAAGUGUACACAUUUAUUAUACUUUUUCUGAUUGUUCUUGCUGUUAUUUUAGCUCUUUUUCUAUUUUAUGGUGGGUUCAAAGUGCUCCCUUUCAGUUUGCUGAUGGUGGUGUUUUAAAAGCACCGUGUCCUAGAAAAUGUUAUCUGAGAAGUGGAGAGGGAAGAUGGGGGCAAACAUGAAUUUAUUUACAUAAUUUUAUAGCAACAGAUUAAUAAACUUAAAAUCCCCAAAAUACAUUUGGGAACUGGCAAAGUUGGUCUUUUAAAACAGAGCUGCUGAAUGUGCCGAGGGCUUUGAUGAAAUGGUCCCAGGCAGAUGAAUAACCCAACAUUUUACACUGCCUUAAAUAUAACAUUUUAGGAGUCCACAGUAGACUUGAGAGGGGAAUUUGGCAUUUUGAUAGAGAAUAAAUGUCAGGCUAGAGUGAGUGUGAUGAUGAAACAAAGUGUUCUGUUCCACACCAUUUUAAAGAGCCCCCCCCCCCACACAUGCCUCCUUUUUUCCAUUUGGGAGUGAGUGUGUAGUUCAGGAACAGUUGUAGGGUGGAGGACCCAGGUAGAGAGCUGAGCCAUAAACCACCUGUUGACAUGAUGAUUACCAUGUUGCUAGCUGUUUUAUCAGGCCUGGAGGGAUGCAUACAGCUGCAUUAGUUAUUCUGUUGAGUAUUUAUGCCAUGCUAUCAUGACAAUAAGAAUUUUGAACUUCUCUUAAAAAGUAUUAAGUAUCAGUAUGCAUGUUUCUGUGAGAAGGACAGGGUCAAAAGUCAUUUCAUUUGUUGCAUGAAUCAAAACAAUUUCUAUGGAAAGGAGGCUAUGUGAAAUAUGAAGGCAGGAUCGAGAGGGGUUUCAACAUAGUCCACUUGAGUUUGUUUCUAGUUGGGGGGGUAAUGAUAUGUAAAAUACUGCCUGUUUUAAGUUUAUGCCUGUGUUAUCUAUGUUCUUCUGUGGUCAUGGUAUCAUUUGAAUUACCAGUUAUAUCUCUUAGUUCAAUUUUAAUUUGGAAUGUUGAACCCCUGCAGUUUUUCCUUUUGAAGUAUGUUAAGUAACCAAUGAUGUUGUCCCACCAUGCACACAGCAGUCCAGCACAGACUGAACUGUUGUUUCCAAUGCCUUGCAUUGUAGCACAAGACUGCUCUAUGGCACAGCAACUGACCAUCCCUCCAUAACCUUCCACUUGUUACCCAGCAGUGGAGACUCCCAUGUGCCCUCUCACGGCUGCUGUGAUCACCUUAGACCCAGAUGUGUGUCUGACUUACCCCUGCACUGUGCUGAAGUCAACCUAGUGGGAGUUGUUGGACAGGGAUUUCAUGAGUUGGAAUUGCAUGUGCCUUUUUUGUUUUCACAUGUGCAUUGCUAAGCUCAUUGAUCCAAGUGAUAUUGUUUUUAAUUUUCUUCAAGUGGCUUGUGUAUUUCUUUUUUUUUCCAUCUUCAUGUUUGCCUUCUAUUUCCUGUCAUUGUUAUUGAAUGUACAUAAUAAACGGUUUGGUUUUUA